AUGAGCCCUGACUUCUCGCAACCUUGGGUUUCUAAUGUGUGCUACCAUGUGUUUCUGCUCUCUCAUUACAAUGGCUCAUACCUAGAAAAGCCCGAGGAAGAAAGGCAGAAGUACGGUGUUCAUCCUACGAGUCUGGAAUCUGACUGUUUGAAGAAGAGUAAUUGGGGGUUCUUGUUUACUGGGAUCAUUGGUGGCGCACUGGUGACAGUGUAUGCUGUGGCUACACCGUUUAUCACACCGGCCCUCCGGAAGGUUUGCUUGCCAUUUGUGCCUGCAACGUCGAAGCAGAUUGAAAAUGUUGUCAAGAUGUUGCAGCACCGAAGAGGAUCCCUCGUGGACAUUGGCAGUGGUGAUGGGCGGAUUGUGAUUGCAGCUGCAAAGGAAGGCUUCCCAGCUGUGGGCUAUGAACUGAACCCGUGGCUGGUUUGGUACUCCAGAUACCGUGCCUGGAGAGAGGGAGUGCAUGGCUCUGCCAAGUUUUAUAUUUCAGAUCUGUGGAAGGUCACCUUUGCACAGUAUUCCAAUGUUGUUAUUUUUGGUGUACCCCAGAUGAUGCCGCAGCUGGAGAGGAAGCUGGAGCGUGAACUUGAGGAUGGUGCUAGGGUUAUUGCCUGCCGCUUUCCUUUCCCACACUGGACUCCGCAACACACUGCCGGAGAGGGCAUCGACACCGUCUGGGUGUACGACAUGGGCACUUUCAGAGGCCGGCGAAGGAGGGCCUGAACA